UAACAGAAUGCUUCAUUCGUUUUCUUUCUGUGUAUAUAUAUACCUCUAACUCGCAGAAUUUGUCAUUAAGUACUAGCUUUAAUUGUCUUGCCUAUAUAUAUAUAACAUCAAGUGAAUUGAUGAGUGCGUAGUUGCCACAAUUAUAUUGGUGUACCAAGAGGCAUGGGGGGAGAAAGGACAGUGAGCGUGACAGGUGCAUCAGGGUACAUAGGUUCCUUUCUUGUCAAGAGACUUCUGCAAAGAGGAUAUCAUGUUCGAGCUACUGUUCGUGAUCCUGGCAACCAAAAGAAAGUGAAGCAUCUCUUGGAGCUUGCUAAUGCCAGUACACAUUUGAGCUUGUGGAAAGCCGAGUUGGCUGAGGAAGGUGGCUAUGAUGAUGCAAUUCAGGGUUGCCAAGGUGUCUUUCAUGUUGCCGCCCCUGUGGAACUAAUUAACCAAAGCCAAGAUGGGGGACAGGAAGAAGAGAUAGAAUCAACAACAUUGAAUGGAAUACUGAGCAUUAUGAGAUCAUGCUCCAAGGCCAAAACUGUAAAGAGGUUAGUUUACACCUCAACUACAGGAACCAUUACCGUGCAGCCGCAACCCCCUGCCGUUUCCGAAUUCACCGAGGAUCUUUGGUCUGAUAUUGACUUAUGCUACCAGCACAAGAUGUACGGCUGGAUGUAUGUGGUAGCGAAAACUAUUGCAGAGAAAGCUGCAUGGAAAUAUGCCGAAGAGAAUGGAAUUGAUAUGGUCACUGUCCAUCCUUCCCUUGUACUCGGCCCUUUCAUAACUCCUUAUACUAACAUAAGUAUUGACGCUGCAAUUUCCUUAUAUACUAAAGAUGAAGCAGGCAUUGCUUCGCUGAAGAAGCUGAAUGGAUUUUCUGCCGUGCAUGUGGAUGACGUCUGCAAUGCUCAUAUAUACCUCUUCGAGAAUCCUCUAGCCAAGGGAAGAUACAUAUGCUCCUCUCAUGGUGUUAACAUAUUUGAAAUUGCCCAUUCACUUAGCCUCAAGUACCCAGACAGGAAUAUACCAACUCAAUUUGAGGGAUUGGACGAGGCACAAAAAAUCAUACCCUGUUCGUCAAAGAAGCUGAUGGACCUUGGUUUUGAGUUUGCACACAAAAAGAAAGAUACUAGCGACUUGUGCGUUGAAACCAUCGAAUCAUACAGAGAAAGGGCUAGCUGUGAUCCUAAAUCUAUGAUGGUUUCAGCUUUAUCCUCAUCACAAGCAUAAUAAGGAAGUACAAAGAACAUAUAUGAUUUGUAAUAAAUGUGCUGUUCUUCAGAGGUUCUUGUAGGCUUUCUAAAUAAAUUGACCCAUAGAUGCUCAAUCAAAAACUUAUGAUCUUACGUUUGUAAGAUACACUAUGUAUUACCAAGUAAGAAUAAAUUGGUUACUGAUCAGUACUACUGUAAUAUUGUGGUCCGAAAAACAUAUUAUAUUAUUUAUUGAA